GUUUUGUUUUGUUGUUGAGAUGAGACACAAGCGCGCCUUCGCCCCUUGUGCUCACUCUCAUCUAGCACCCAUCAAAGCCUGACCAGGGAGUCAGUUGAUAAGAAAAUCUAUCUACAUUUCUCUUUCCAGAGCUCGCUCGGGCCUACCGAUCUCACAGAAGUGUAGACCAACCUCUGUGAUAGAGCGGUGACAGCAGUGUAACCUCUGUGGUAGACUACAAAGUCUACGAGCUACAGCAGCACCGCCACCUCCACUGCUGCAGGACGCCACAUUUUUUGAGAUUAUGAGCCUCGCUUUACGCGAACACUAGGAGCUGCAGACGUCACGGACGGAGGUCAAGACAUCCUACUGCUGUGGAUUACGGCAUCCGUUUGUGGACUUCGAGCGGAAACUGGAUUCGGAGAUUUGGGAGAUCAUCAACGGUCAACGGAAACGAAAGUGAGCGCACUACUUGGUCAUCUACACCAAGGGGCUGAGAGUUCAUUAUACACACACGUUAUCACUGCUGCAACAGCAGUAGUGGGUACCUCUGUGGUGAACAAACAGCAAAGUGUUGCGCGGGAAGCCUCGAUUUAGACAUUGAGCAAAUACUUCUGCGGCGGAGACAGGAGGGAAGACUGUAUCAACAGCGAAAGUCGACCGGGAACCGUAGUCCUAUUCACCGAUUCCCUAAGUGAGGAAAGGGUAUCAGGAGCGGGGUCGCAAAUUGGCCUACAACCGGAGUUCUAUUCACCAAUUCUCUAUCUAGGUGGGAAAAGGGUUUCAGAAGCGGGGUCACGAAUCGGCAACCGGAGUCCUCUAUAUCAAUAGAAGGAGCGGGGCUGGAAAAAUCUCAGCGACAGAUAGCUGAGUAAUACACCAACAAAAAUAUUAAAGACGAGAUCAUCAGGAUAAAACCAGAAAUGGAAGCAAAAUCGGAAACUGGAGGCGGAGGCAGCAUCUGGAGUGAUGGAUCCACAAACCUGGCCAACGUCAUCAGAGGACUCCCCAAGUUCGAUGGAACGAAACCAGAGGACUUCAACGACUGGAUGAAGAAAUUGGGUGUAGUCGUCGGCGUUACUCGGAGGGACAUCAUGCCACUUCUCAAGGGAAUGCGCAGGCCUGAUCCCUCGGACACCACCUUCGCCGCAUACGAGAGAGCAAACGAAGACCUCUACGCAAUCCUAUUCUGCCUCGUCGAACUGCCGGCUGCACUAACCGUACACAAGCACGUAGACGACACCGGCCUUAGCGGCGACGGGCAGGCAGCAUUCGCGGAACUGAAGGCCAACUACAAUCGAGUGACAGAUGAAGUGAUCAGGGCUAAACUGGACGACCUGGAAAGGACGGUCAUGGAGCCAGGAGAGAACCCGGACGAUUUUUUCAACAAGAAACACCGCCUCCGCUCUCAACUAGAGAAAAUGGGGGAAACCAUCUCCGAUCGCCGCUUCAAGGACAUCUGUGUGCAAGGUUUCUCCGAGGACUACAAGGACAUCAAGAUGAUGGUUUUCCGCGACCCAUCAUUCGACGUACAACAGAUGCAAGCCACCAUGCGCAACAUCUUCCUUGACGAGCAAAUGCGCAAGAGAACCAAGGGCCAAAUCGCUGGCCGCGGAUUCGCCAUGGCUACCAAGACAUCUGGCCCCAUCUGCUUCGAGUGCAACGAACCGGGACAUGUCAGGAGGAACUGUCCCAAUCGCCAGCGGGAGGGCCAUAGGGCAAAGAAGACGAAGCCUGCGGGAGCAACCAAGUGGUGCUCCGUCCAUAACACCACUACACACUCCGACGAAGAGUGUUACAACCAAGGAGCCAAGCGACCAGAACGCACGGGCAAGGCCUUUUCUGCAUGCACACACUGCGUGCACUGCUCAACCCAGUCAAGAGACAUACAAGCCAAGCCUACCACAACAGAAAUUCCCAAAGAAACAGAGAAGACCGAACAGGCAGAGAUCGACUUCUCUUACGACGAAGAUGCAUUCAAGGGUGGAUUCAUGUACCAUGCUACAUGCAGCAAGGGAAGCGGACGCACUUUCACGACAACUGCAACUGGGACUUCAGCGCUGGUGGAUUCUGGAGCUUCUGAGACCAUGUUCGACGACCGCCUCAUCCCUAAUGGACGUCUCGAAGAAGAACGCCCGACGCCCAAGAUCAUCGACGUUGCAGGAGAAAGCCAACUACGAGGCACUACCACUGGGAUCCUACACUGCACCAUCAAAGACGACAAAGAACAGCAACUACCCGUCAAGCUACAAGGGCGCAAGCCGAAGUUCGGAAAACCAGAAGCGGUACAGAUCGAUCACACUCCGCACGCGACAUGCUCAGUGGCGAUGAGCGUGAGCGCCGACCUCUGGCACCGGCGCCUCGGCCACAUCAAUCCAAGUGCUAUGGAGAUUUUGCGGCGCAACCCCGCCACAGGUGUGAAAUAUGACGGACCUGUAUCCCCGUGCGACAACUGCCAAAUCACGAAGCACAAGAAGGCUCCCGUCCCGAAGAAGACCAGCCGUGUCCUGACCAAACCAGGCCAACUCGUCCAGUUCGACAACAUGGGACCAAUCGACCCGCCUGCGAAGUACAACGGACGCACCUACUCCUAUGUCGCCAAAGCGACCGACGUCUUUACCAGAAUGCAGGAAGUGUGCCUACUGCGCCACAGGACCGAAACCACGCAAGCUCUGCACGCCUACAACAUGCAAGUAGCAUCUGAAGGCUACCGCAUCGAGGUUCUACGUUGUGACAAAGGCGGAGAGAACACUGGGGAAGAAAUGCGCAACUACUGUAGGGAGUCUGCGAUCAAGCUGGAAUUCGCCGCGACCAACACGCCCCAAGAAAUCGGAGUGACCCCACACGCGGCGCUAGGGGGAGCCACGCUGUAUUCCAAGAUGUACAACACAACCCCCGACCUUUCUCGGCUUCGUGCCAUCGGCGCCCGCGCGUUCGUUCAUCACGAGCGAUACAAGAAGAAGCUAGACGAUCGGGCCUUUGAAGGCAAGCUCUGCGGUUACGGACCUGACAGCAAGACGUACCGGAUCUACGUGGAGGGCAAAGACAAGGUCUACGAGAGCCGGAACGUGACUGUCAUCGAGACUCCACCCAACACCAUCCCCCCUCACCGGUGGGACGACCGUCUCGGAUAUGAACAGGACGUGAUGAACUUCACGUCAUUGCUCGGACGCCGUACCUCUACGGGCGACGAAGACAACAAAGUGGACUACGGAACACAAUCAGAGCUCCUGCUGCACGAGAUGCGCAACAUGCAGCAAGACAACAUCAACCGAGCAGAACUUCGCCAAAACAACGCGGACAUGAAUUCCGACAACUAUUAAUCCUC